CUUCACAACCGCCCCUUCACAACCGCGGUGUGCAAAUGCCCGACUUUGGUCCUUGGUGCUCGAAGUGGGCCCGAAAGAAUUCACCACCAAGAGGAGAAAGACUCACAGGCUCCCUGCCCGCCUGCUUCCUCCAGGAACACAGGAGAUCCAGAUCACAAGAACGACACCAUGAAUUCACUCAGUGAAGCCAAUACCCGCUUCGCCUACGACCUGUUCCAACAGUUCAGAAAAUCAAAGAAGGAAAAUAUCUUCUAUUCUCCACUCAGUAUCACAUCAGCUUUAGCCAUGACUUACUUAGGGUCCCAAAAACGCACCGCAUCAGAAAUUCAGAAGGUUCUGCACUUUAAUGAAGUCACCGAAGACACAAAGGGCGGAGCCAAGACAGCUCAGGUUGAAAAGUUGGACAAUGUGCACCAGCAAUUUCAAAAGCUUCUGACUGAGCUAAGUAGACCCAUGGAUGCCUAUACGCUGAGUGUUGCCAACAGACUUUACGGAGCAAAGAAGUUUCCUUUUCUUCAGGAAUACAUGGAUAAUGUCAAGAAGUUCUACCUCGCCAGUGUGGAGUCUGUGGAUUUUGCAAAUGCUGCAGAUGAGAGCCGAAAGAUGAUCAAUUCCUGGGUGGAAAGCCAAACAAAUGGAAAAAUCAAGGAUCUCUUCCCCAAAGGCACUAUCAACAGCACCACCAUUCUGGUCCUGGUGAACGCCAUCUAUUUCAAAGGGCUGUGGGAAGACAAAUUUGAUCCAAAACUAACCCAGCAGCAAGAAUUUUGGCUGAACAAGGACACAAGCAAAUCUGUGCAGAUGAUGAGUCAAAGCCGUAUGUUCAAUUUCGCCUCCCUGGAGGACGUGCAAGCCAAGGCCCUGGAAAUACCGUACAAAGGCAGAGAUCUGAGCAUGCUGCUGCUGCUGCCCAAUGAGCUCGACGGCCUUGCGCAGCUCGAAGACAAACUCACCCCUGAGAAAUUAAUAGAGUGGACGAGCUCACAGAAUAUGAACAUGAUGAAUGUGAGUUUGCUCCUACCUCGCUUCACAGUGGAAGAGAGUUACGACCUCGGGGCCACGUUGGUUGACCUGGGGAUGGUGGACGCCUUCAGGGCACAGGACGCCGACUUCUCAGGGAUGACGGGGAGCCGGGGUCUCAUGCUGUCUAAAGUCCUGCACAAGUCCUUUGUGGAGGUGACAGAAGAGGGCACAGAAGCCGCAGCCUCCACCGGCGUCAGCAUUAUAUUAACGUCAGCACCAAUUUAUGAAACCUUCCAUUGCAAUCACCCUUUCCUGUUCUUCAUCAAGCACAAUAAGACCAGCAGCAUCCUCUUCUUUGGCAGAGUCUCUUCUCCUUAGGUGUGCUUGGCCUGCCACAGCCCGGGCGGUCACAGAGUCCUUCCAGGGUACUGAUCGCUGGAGACAGGUUCUCUUUAGCUUUCCUGUCCAAUCUCAGAGCCAUCACUAAGAAUGCAACGUGUGAAUCAACAUGUGUGUCUCUGUCUUCCUACAAACACGUGUCAAUGUCCUUUAUUUCCCUAUGAUAAUUCCAUCUUUGGGACAAAAUGUUCAAGAAAAGGAAAAAGGAUAUUUCAACACUCUGUCUUCUAAAUUUGAAAUAUCAUAUCUACUGCUUCAAAAAUCAUGUCUACUAUUCAAAUGCAUUAACUUUACACCUACAUUUAUUUAAAUUCAUAUAUAUUUGCUGUAACAUUUCAAUCCAGUGUUCAAUUGUGUUCAAUGUCCACUGAGAAUCACUGAGACCCUUACCUGUCUACAUUUUUUUAUUUUAUGAAAUACAUGAUCAAUAAAAUCGUGACUG